AUGGCGGAAUCAUCAUCAGACUUGGAAGAUCAAGAAAUGGUGGCAGUCGGAGGGAAUGUAGACCUUGAGGUGGAAAAAAUCCCGGUGAUGGCUUUCAGACCAUCCCAUGAAGCUAAACUCAGGGAACUGUUGCAUAAGAUUUGCUUACAUGAGAUUAAGCUGUGCUCUGAUGCUGCAAAAGAAUUCGUUAAGUUACUAGAGGGAGAAACUGGCGGCGAUUUGUUGCGUCUAUAUUUCCACAACUCGCCCAAGUUUGCUGAGCUUCAAGAGGCGUGGAAGCUUCGACAUGGAAGGCAAGGACUAUCCUAUAUAUUCAAGCUUAUCCAGGCGAUUCUGAGUCAUCCAGAGGGAAGAAGCAGAUCGACUGAUAUUGGAAGAGCUAUUGACCAGUUUGUUUGGUUGCUUAUUGAUGAGAAACUGGAUGACAUCUACAUAGAAUUGAAGAGCAAAGAGGGAAAACAACAGAAUGCUGCACUUUCACUGCUGGCUUCGAUAGUUAGACGUGGUUCAGGCAUGGCAUCAGAGAUAGCUAAGAAAUUUGAUUUUAAGGGUUUUGCGAAACUGGCGGAGCAUAAAACGCGAGGGGCUGGCAAGGGAAAGAAGCACUCAACGAGGAAGGCCUGUGUUGGGUUUGCAAUUUCAUUCCUUCAAGUUGGGAAGCCUGGACUGUUAAGGUCUGUUUUACAGCAGAGGGAAAUGUAUUCGAAAGUGCUACAAGGACUUGGGAAAGACGAUGAAGACACUGUGGCUUCUGUCUUGUCUACGUUGAACGACAAUAUCCUUGUUGAAGAAUCAUUGAUUCCUCCUGGUCUAAGGAGUGUUCUUUUUGGAAGUGCUACACUAGAGCAGCUAGUCAGCAUUUCAGCAAGGGAGGAUGUUGGUAUUGUCAAUGAGUUGGCCCAUGAGGUUCUUGUUAAAGUUUGUACAGACCCCUCUAAUGGAUUAAUGCCAGAUAUUAAGAGAGGGUUGAAAGGCAAUGCAAACAGAUUACUAAUGCUCAUGAAGAGUUUGAGAGCAACAGAGGUUGGUUAUCACAGGGAUUUGCUUUUAGCUAUUGCUACGAGUAGAACGUCUUUAGCUUCAGCUUUCUUGGAAGAAUUUCCUUAUAAUGUGGAAGAUUUUGCAUCACCAUCCUGGUCUUCUUCUAUUUCCUUGGCAGCAAAUUUGGUGUCGCCAGUAAGAAAUUCAUGUUCCUUUGACUUUCUCAAUCCAGAUCAACGCGCUGCACCUACUCCUCCUGGUUCAGAUGUGCAGACUAUCAUGAAAUGCAUAUGCCCCCGAGCAUUUAGCCGGUCACUGAUCACCAAAGGGAUGCUUCAUUCUGAUUCUCUUGUGAAACAUGGGACCUUGAAAUUUCUCUUCGAGACGCUGAGGUUGUUGGAUUCUUUUGUUACUUCUUGGAAACUUUGCUCGUCUCAUAGCUGCUCUGUAGAGAAAAUUCAGGCUUCUCUUGAGCGGGAUGUCAUGGGUGAGGUGAGGAAUUUUUUUCCGGAUUUUCAGGUGUUUUUGAGUGUACUGAAGUCUCCAGGCGGUUCUAGCGGAAUUCAAAAGCUGUCUUUGAAGAAACAAGCAGGCUGUAAUAGUGGAUUAGUAGAUAGAAAUAAACGCGUUAAGAGAUCUGAGAAGGAUGUUUUGGAAGAAGAGGCUGGUGAUAUCGUCAUUGGUGGGUUGGGUUCUGAUAAAGAUAUAUUUUUGGAAGAGGACACUGAGGAUGCUCAGAUGACAGAUCAGGCAGAUGCUGAUAGAAAAGAAUAUCUUGGGACUGUUUCAGAAAUUUGGGGUUCAGAGUUUUGUUCUAAGCCUUUCGUGUCGUUCGAAGAAGCAGAUGUGUUCUUUCAGAUAAUGCUCCUGGAUACCCUCAGGAUGUAUGUGCGUUCUGUGCCUAAUGUGCUUGAAGGAUCGUUUGAUGUCUUUAUGAAAAUUCUGAGCAGUUCUUCAGGAUUGCCAGCUGAAUUGCAGAGAGCUGUGUUGUCUUUGCUAAAUGAGUACAUUAGUUGGACGCCAAAGUCUCAAAUUGAGAGAUUUCCUUCAAGAAUUCCACCACUUAUGUACAAGCAUUUGCAUGUAUUCAUGAAAUUAUUACUUUUUUCUUCACACAACGAGGUGAAAGAUCUAGCCUACAAUUUAGCACUGGUAGCUAUGAGCAGCACCGGUGCAUUUGACAAAGAUCCAAGUGAAAUUGGUGCAUGGUUCCUGUUUCUACAAGGUUUUGGAAAGAUUAAACUACCUCCUAAGGUUCAGGAGGCUGUACAGAGCAUGUCAUCAGUUGUCAUCUCCUUUUUAUGUGAUUCAGUUUCGACUGUUGGAAAAAAAUUAUUCAAGCAGUGGGAUAUUGUGAGAAGUAGCUUGUCCCAUUUAAAAGGUGUGUCAAUUGGUUUUAGCCCCUUAAUUGUUUGUAUUCUGCAGAAUUGUGUGAGGCUGCUAAAUUCUGAAUCUAAAACAUAUUCUUUACCGGAGAAGUCAGCAAUAUCUCUGUACGUCUGCACCACAUUGAAAUAUCUUUUGCAAACUCAGGUAGACUCCAGACCACUCUCAUGUUUGGUCCAGUCAGUUUUGUCUGAGGUGGUUGAUGGAUCUAAGGAUUCUUUAUCUGAAUGGAGGCCAUUGAGAGUGUUGCUACUUUUCUCACAAUCAUUGUCAGACAAAAAACCUUUCAUAUUGCAUUCCAGAAGGACAACAGGUCUACUUGCUGACACUUCUUUUGCAGAUACUCUUGAUAAGAUAAAAGGACUGGUGAGAAGUGUUUCUCCCGAUGGGCAAAAAAAAAGAAGAAGAAGUAUUUCUCCGGAUGAAAUUGCAGGAAUUGUUAAAGCGUUUUCUUCUGCAUUAAUUUGUGCAACACCUGAAUCGAUUUUGAAGAAUUUUGCUGGUGUGAUGGCUGUUUCUUGGGCUUUAUACGGAACAUCAUUCUCAUUUUUACAGUCCAUCCUCUUUCUAGACGAAAACUUCCUCGGAGACCUUUCAAAGCUAUCGCCUGACUUAUUUGCGCAAGGUUCAGAACGUACUGGGUCAAGGAAUCUCUGUGAGAGAACAGAAGAUAGUGAGAUUGAUUUUGCUGACCACGCAUCCAUAGCUGAAGAAAUCAAAAGAAAGAUGGACAUUCGUGAUAUUGAAUCUCCCGCCUUCUCUGUGUUUUUAGAGGAGCUUCCUUUUCCUGUGUUACUUACCGCAAUAAGGAGCAUGGAUGCAUCUUGCUUACCAAGAAUAUCAGACCUGCUGCUGCUAAAAGUUUCGCAACCUAAAAGUGAUAGUAUUGAAUCAGAUAUCCGAUCAAUACUAUUUUCGCUCCUCGAAAUACGAUCAUCGUAUGAGGUUCAACCAGCUCCGGUACUCUGUCAACUCUCUGAGAUCUGCUUGCGUCUCAUAAAGCACUUGUUCUCUCAAAAAUCAGAACGUGACCUUGUUUCUGGACAUUCUCCAGAUAAGUUGCAUGCUCCUUCUACAAAGUGGAAGCAUCAAGCGGCUCAGACUGUUCUUUGCCACCCAGUUGUGAUGGCACUGUUGGAGAGUCCCUUGGAUUGUGGCACAUUGCCUCGAGUGCAGAAUAUCGAGAAUUUUUCAGAAACGUCGGUGACAAUGGGCAGGCUAGUAAUUAGUGAAAUAGAUCAACACAUCCUUGAUCUAUUGGCUUCUACUUGUGAGCACUUUUUGUUUGAUGAAAGACACAUCGUGCAGAAAGGGGACCUCGGGCCAAAUAAAUCAAUUAUGGCUUUUAAGGACUUGGUCGAAAGGCUUCUCUCGGUAUUCAGAGGCAAGUUUGAGCUUUGUGUAAGUUCUCAAAGUUACGCUCCGCUUCACCAACCAUCACAAUUCAUUCACGCUUUGUUGAGAUUUAUAUCACCUUUUAAACUUUUAUAUCUUGCCCGUUUCAUGCUGAGUAGAAUUGAUGAGGAAGAACUGGUUUGUCCAAAUUCGAGUAUGAUUCGCAGUAUGGGAUUGGAUAUUGCUGGCGGGGCUUUUGAAAUGCUCAUAUUGUAUUCACACCAGCCGGCUGCUAAGAGAGGGAUAUAUGAUUUGCUGUGGGAAUUAGAAGAAAAGAAUUAUGACAGUAACCUCAUUGAGGAAGUCUAUAGCCUGGCAUGCAGGUUUUCUACCUCUUUGGGUUUGGUGUCGGCAGAUUCUUGUUUGCUUAAAGUUGGCGGUGGCAUUUUUAGGGGGAAGCAUAAUCAGCAUUGUAGUGUUCACCCGUUGACCGUGACAAUUUCACAGAUUGUUGGGAGAACUCCUCAAGAUUUGAUUGACCAUUGCAUCAACCAGGCAAGCAUCACCAGAGCCAAGAUAUUGUUCUAUCUUGUGGAGUCCAGUCCCUUGCAUUUGUCAGUCUUUGGACACUCGUUCUCUAGUUUGCUAAGUAAGAAACAGGAUGACUCUGCGCUUACAGAUGAGCAGUUUAUCAUGCUACUGCCUGCGGUGCUAUCGUAUCUGGCAUCAGUUUUUGCAAAACUCGAGAAGCCGUGUAGUAGAUUUUUGGAUAUAACUUCAGUUUAUUCAAAUAUACUAACAAAUUGUUUUCGUCAGUGGCCAAAGUUUUUGCCUGGGUGCAUCUUUGAAGAGAAAUAUGAAGAGAUUCUUCUGUCGACGACUGAGGAUAUCGACACUAUGUUUGAUGCGAGUCUUCUUGGCAAGGCAGUACGUAUGUUUCAGUACCACUUUGCCUUGACUGAAAGUCCAACUAAAACAGACGAUCUCUUAAAGGUAUUCUAUUCCAUGUUUCCUCACAUUAGUACUGGCAAAGAGAUGUUGGAUUAUGAGAUCAAAGAAGUGGACGUUCAGUCAGUAGACGAUAUGUUUAGUGUUGCUAUCCGUGUAGUUGCAAAAGUAGAACUUUCAAGGAUUUGUUUGUUUCCUGAGGAUAGCAGCAUGUGUCCUUUUAGACGUCAAGCAGGUAGUUGUGUGAAGGAAAGUUCUCCAGAAAUGGGAUCCAACAGGGAGAGUAUAUUAAAGCCGUUACUAAAUGCUUUAGUUAAUAGUUGGCAAUGUGUUGUCAAGAGAUCUGAUGGUUCGUUUAAAGGGAAUUCCGAAGGGAAACAAGACAAAUGUCGGUUCCUGUGGAAAAGCCUUGAAAACUUCAUUUUGAGAAGUAUUCGAAAGUUUUUGGAAGACAUGUGUGAGGAGCUUGUUCAUUUGGAUUCCGUUCCUUUCCUGGAGAGACUGAUGAAAUCAGUUCUUCUGUAUAGAUUUGAGGACUCGAAGACAUUGAAGAUACUGAGAGAAAUUUUCUCCUUAUUGUCUAGAGGAAAGUACUCGUAUGCACCAUAUAUCCAACUCCUAAUAUCUCACUCUCAGUUUACACCGACUAUCAGUUCUCUAUCCAUAUCAUUCUCACAUACUGGUGAGAUAUCCAGUCCUGUCUCCAGCAUUCUAAAACAUCUUAUCAUCCCAAGUCCAAAUUCUGUCGGUUUUGGAAGGUGUUGUCUCGAAGCACCUGACUAUGUGAAGCAGUUAGAAAUUGUCAAGACUCUCAGAGUGCUGCUCUCCAAAUGUGGAAAAGAAUCAGGAAUAAAUCUGAAAGAACUGCACUUUCUUCUUUUGUGUUCUUAUGGUGCAACUCUGGGCGAGAUCGACUUAGAGCUCUACAAGUUGAUGCGUGAUAUCGAGUUGAUUGAUGACGAACACAGGCUGCAUGUUUUAGAAACAUGUUAUUUGUGGGGGAAAGCUGCCUUGCAAAUAAGGGAGGGACUACGUUUCUCUCAAGAUGCAUCUGACGGUGGUGAAGCUGAUUUAGUGGAAGAUUCCCGGCAGAGUCUUUUCAAAGAGAAUCUUUGUGUUGAUCCCAAAAUAUGCGCUCGAACUGUUUUGUAUUUUCCUUAUCAACGAACUGCAGAGGUAUCGGAUAACUCUUACCAAUAUGAUGACCCGAUAGGCGAGAAAUGCUCACCUGUUGUGGAGAACAUUGAACUAUAUGAUCCAGCUUUCAUCCUGCGAUUCUCAGAACAUUCAUUGAGGAUGAGAUAUAUUGAACCUGUGGAAUUCGCCAGUUUAGGGUUGCUUGCAGUUGCACUUGUGAGCAUGUCUUCAGCAGAUCUUGGGAUGAGGAAAUUGGGCUAUACAACUCUUGAGAUCUUUCUGGUUGCCCUUGAGGGUUGUGGGAAGAAUAAACAUGUAAAGGGGCUUAGGCUUCUGCUGAUGUAUGUGCGAAAUGGAGUUGAGGAACAAUGGCAAAGAAUCCCAACUGUUUCUGCUGUUUUUGCCGCUGAGACAUCUCUUAUAUUAUUGGAUUCUUCUCACGAACAUUAUGUUCCCGUAUAUAACCUGUUGAAAAGCUCAUCUACACCGAAGCUUAGGGGAAUACCGUUGUUUCAUGAUUUUUUCCGGAGCAGCGCUGUGGAAAACAAAAGCUUUAGAUCACAGAGGCUUUGGGAACUUCGCCUAGUGUGUGUGGGCUUGAAAACAGAUGACGAUGCCCAAAUUUACAUUAGAAACUCCGUUCUUGAGACGCUGAUGAGUUUUUACUCAACCCCUCUUGCUGAUGAUGAAUAUAAAGGACUAAUCCUUCAGGUUGUGAGGAAGUCAGUCAAAUUCCAUAAGAUGGCCCGACAUCUCGUUGAAAAUUGUGAUCUGUUUUCAUGGUGUUCAUCAUUUAUCUCAACGUUUACUACAAAUCCCAUUGGAGAUGAAGAUAUGCGCUUGGUGGUUGUCUUGGAGGUUAUUACCGAUGUUCUCGCCUCCAGAAACGUUACAGAGUGGUUGCAACGAUCUGCCCUCGAAGGGCUAAUGGAAAUCUCAUCGCGUUUAUACAGACUUUUAGGUGGUGGAUUGGUUUCAGUACAAGAAAAUGGUACUUUGGUUAAUUUAGUUUUGCAGAUACUAUCUGCUACUCUAAAGAUAUCUCAGAAGCGAAAAAUGUACCAGCCACAUUUUACCAUCACAAUCGAGGGGAUAUUCCAACUCUAUGAGGCUGUUGCUAAUUGCGAUUCAGCUAGUGAAGAGUGUGGUCUCAGUACUUUAUUAAUGAGCACCCCGCCAGUUGACAUUAUAUGCAUGGAUGUGGACAAGCUGAGAAGGUUUCUUUUGUGGGGAAUCUCUACAGCCUUGAAGAGUGACCUUAAAAAGAGAUCCAAGCCAAGUGAGUCUCAUCAAGAUACUAUGACACUCACUGAAGAACCACAAGCGGAGACUAUGGUAGCAAAGUUUUUACGCUGGCUGUUGGCUUCGGUGAUUCUUGGGAAGCUUUAUUCUAAAGCUAAUGAUUUGGACCCGACAGUCUUAAGUAAAACAAAGCCAGAAACUUUGCUGACAUUGUUAGAAUGCUUCAAGACAAGGAAUCUCGAAGGGAGCGAGACAAAGUCAGAGCACAUAAUAGGGGAAGUAAUCGUACACCUCCAACAGCUUCUGAGUACAAACUACAGUGUUCUUCCAUCUGUUGUAUGUGCACUUUCUCUCAUGGUUCUUCGUAAUGGCCUUGGGAUUGCAGGUUCAGAGUCCAAUGGCGAUCACAGGCUCAUCAAAUCUCUGUGUUCUAGAAUAAGUAGUCCUCCUGAGGCUACUCCAAUCUGGAGAUGGUCAUAUUAUCAGGCGUGGAAGGAUCUUACAUCGGAGUCGGCCACGAAUCUUGAAAAGAUCGAUGAACUCCAUGCAUGCCAAUAUCUUUUGCGUAUAUUAUCUGAUAUGCUUGGAGUAAAGACAGGGGAAUCUCAACAGGUGCUGCUGCUUCAUCAAAGUUUUGACAUGUCGAGUGUAUUUGAAUGGGAAAGAGGUUUAGUUGAGACCUAG